AUGGCAUACUCUCCUGAGAGGCUCGCGCGAGCUCAGCAGUUGUUUAACCAUAGAACAAGCGACUUCUACAUAUUGCCACACCUUACUGGCCCAUAUCACUUGCGAGAGCGUGCCUCUAAGCGUGCUGCUGCUGUUGCGUCGUGGCAUGACAACGACGAAGAUGAAGACUACAAACCUUCGACCAAGCGAACACCGAGCAAGCGCAAGCUAUCGCUUUUCCAUGAGGAUGACCAAUCCCCUCGGUCUGAGAAAAAGGCUAGGAGCCUAUCUCCGACUUCGACGCUCCGUUCUAGACUGAGCCCAGACAUAGGAGAAGAAGAUGAUGUUCCCCCUUCGACACCCUCCCAACACAGUGAACCCGACAGCUGGGACCGAUAUUGGGCCAUCAAUCCGGAGACAGACACGCCAAGUUCACGAUACAGCCUUCGACGCCGCAACAAGGAAUCGGUGUCGGCGUCACCACAAAAGAAAGACAAAACCAAGGUCGAGGCAUUGGCAUCAAAGUCGACUGCGGAUGUCCUGUCUGCCGAUAAUAACCUUCCGGUGAGAGAGUGCGCUGCCUGUCAGGAACUAGGCAUGGAAUGUUCGCUUGCAUCUGACCCUGAUCCAUACGCAUAUCCUUGCACAACAUGCGAAGUGGAUGAUGUCUUUUGCGUUGUGAGCCCUCCACCCAAAUGGAAGCGAUCAUGCGAGCUUUGCAAAGGUCGGAAGAAAGAGCUUUGCUCAUAUCGCUUCGCUGAUUAUGAUCAUUCCCAACCUUGUCUCUCAUGCCGGAAUCAUGGGUUCGAAUGUGUUGCUGGACCAGCUAGAUACCCACCCUUUGCACUCUUUUCCACGAGCGAACCAAGCGAACCGGGCAGUUCUUCAAAUGUUGAGUCUCCUGCAACCUCCAACUCACCCCAUGGCUCCCCAGAGCUUGAUGUUCCUGAGGAAUCCAAGACCAGUGAACAACUCAAUUCCCCAAAGAUUGAUCAUCUAGCAAGCUGCAACCCAGCACGUGGUAACCCGGAAAUCGACGUCGACGAGGCAUCCAAGCUGAGUGAACAAGUUAGUUUCCCAACUAUCCAUUCACCAAAGAUCCAGAGUCCGGAGACAAAUCCCAGCAAGAGCAACUCUUGGGAGAUCUCAUUCCCCCCAUUCAGUAGCGCACAGCCCUCCGUUGUUGAUGGACCGAAGCCACACGAGGUGAUUGAAAUCACUGAUUCAGACGAUGACAUCCCGAAGAAGCAGAAUUCGCCAAUUUAUAUUUCUGACUCCCUUGAAUCACCCCCUCGGACCACUGUCUCAGAUACCAUUGCUUCACAGUCUGCAAACAUCCAUCGAAUCUGGACUGAACUUGCUCAUCCUGUGGUGUUCCUCGCAGAUGACCCCUGCGACUGGUGCAACAACUUUGCAUAUGGCAUCACUGGUCUCGGUCCUCGUAACCCAGAGGUUUGGCUGGAUGAAAAAGGCACGAUCGUCGAGCUUCAGGAUGGCCAUAUUGCCGAAGGAAAAGAACAGAGCCGGAUGUGUGCCUCCUGUAUAUGGAAUCGAUGCAAAAUCAUCCAAUGCUCCCACAGCACUCUCAACCUACUACCUGCCCCCUUUUCCCCGCAAGAUGAAGUACGCAAGACUGCUGCUUUAACGCUUCUACAGAAAGCAAGUGAUGCACUCACUGACCCCGACACUGGAGAGGCUGGUAGCUUUUACCCAAGUCCCAUUUACGAAUGGUGCAGCCUGUGUCGAGAGCCCGCAUUCGGGUCUUGCCAGGCGGUUCAGCCACUUGAUGUCUACGCAGAUGUGGUGGACUGUGAUGAAGAAACCCGUGGAUGUGGACUGAUGCUCUGUGAGUACUGUCUCGAGCUCACCAAGCGAUUCAAGGGUGACCUUAAUGCUGUCGUUGCAUGGGGUCGCAAUGACUCGUCUCAUCCUGUACAAUACCGAGCCGAUAUGGAGUUCAUCCUCUCAGGAGCGGAGCACAACCAGCUCUACAAGCGUUACAUGCAGGAUAGAAGUAAGGGUGCUGCUUUGAUCCCGUCUUCUAUUUUCCCCUGGUUGCCCCGAGCUGCGACACGAGGUGCGCAGCUCAUCGCCACGACGUCUUCACCAAAGCGACGAAAAGUCUCCCCAGAGCCUCGCACCAGUCCAGGCCUUCGGGCUCGACGUCACGGCCGCUCCGAACCACCACAUUCUCGCCACACAUCUUCCUCUUCUUCCCGCGGCCAGAGUUCGUCGUUGUCCCCGCCUCGCUACGUGCCUGCGCAUCUGCAGUUUCAGUCUGGAAGCCCGCCUGGCCGCUCGCUCACCCCCGCGACCGCGACCGCCGGACUCUCCCUCUCCAGCGACCAUUCCGACAUGCCCUCCGAUACUCGAGAGGGUACACCUCCAACCCAUGGACGAUCCCCUUCUCCCGGCGAGAAGCGCCCGGCAUCCGAGAUUACUGACUCCGACCCUGAAGGAGGCGUGAGCACUGGCUUCAGUAACGCGCGCACUUACAUUAUUCCCCGCACAUGCGAUGGCACAAAUGACGAAUCCACAUAUCCCACCACUUCGAGCAAUGACAACACCGGGGUGGCAUCCUCGGCUUGCGAGCUGUCCAGACCAGCAUCCCCAAAGUCAGGCGAUAUUCCUACAAUCGACGAGCAGGUGACUGAGGUGAAUGCGCUGAUGAAGGCGCCGUUGAAAAAUGGACAAAAGGGCUUUGUGGUUUCAAUGGCUUGGCUGAAGAAGGUGCUUGCACGCACUACGGCGCACGCAGACCACACUGACAAAGGAUCAUUGGAGGGUGAUAUUGGUCCUGUCAACAAUUUGAACAUCAUGCUUGACACCGACCCGGCAACGCCCAGCUUCAAAGACGAAACCGGUGAAAUAUUUGUGCCUAUGCGCCCUGGUUUGCAUGACGCUUUGGAUUUUGCGAUAAUCCCACAACAUGGCUGGGACCUGAUCCAGAAGUGGUAUGGCCUCGCCGACCAGUCACCUGUGAUCAUUCGCUAUGCCCACAACACCAACCCACCCGGUGAUACCGAAAACAUCGAAUAUGAGACUUAUCCUCCGAUUUUCACCAUUUUCAAAUUGGCUAACCCCGCCGCGGGUACCACCCCGACCGUCUUGCGACAAACCAUCAAGCCGUCUGUAAAGAUCUUGGCCAGUCGCCAGACGAACUACCAGAAAUGGUUGAAGGAUGCCAAAGAGCAGACUUGUAUCGAUAUGUCGACCAAGGUCCGAGUUUGGAAAAUUCUCCAGCUACCUCGUAGCACCACUGCAUCGGCAUCGGCAACUCCUGCUGCCUCCCGCAGCCAAUCGCCUGCUCCUCCAUUGGCUCUGAUCUCGAACCCAAACGACAAGCUCCUUUUCGAUUUGAAUGUUUUCCUCGAACUUCCAGAGGGAAGCCACCGAGUGCUGCUUGAUAAUGUGAAGGAUCAAACCCAAAAUGCAAACUACAACGGUCGUAUGACCCUGGAUAUGGCUGGUCUCAGCGUGGCAAACUGUGUUGUUCUUGAGGAACAGAUCGGGAGCUCCAAAGGAGGAGAAUGGGUGUCUGAAGCCUCUGCAAAAACUCUCAAGAGUCUGGGUAUCCCUGUGGAACAGCCGAGGAACGAUGCUGCUGCUAAAGCAUCUGCCGCUAAAGCUACACUGAAGAGCACACAACCGCCGCAGCCCAGUGGCAGAUCUACUCCUUCCCAGGGACCCGAUCCAAUUAGGGGUCUCAUCUCUCGAGGUCGGAAGGGUCGACAGCUUAUCGUGGGAUUGCAAAACCUUGGCAACACUUGUUACAUGAACUCCGCGUUGCAAUGUGUGCGAAGCAUUGAGGAAUUGUCUUAUUACUUCCUUAGUGGAAUGUACAAACCAGAGCUGAACCCUACCAACGUCCUUGGAUGCGGCGGUGUUAUUGCCAAGCAAUGGGCCAAUUUACUUCAGGACCUCUACAAAUCGGACCCUCAGCCGAGAUCUGUCAACCCCUAUAGGUUUCGUGCUGCCGCUGGUCGGCAACGUGAAGAUUUUGCUGGCUAUGAGCAGCAUGACAGUCAGGAAUUUGUGAUGUUUCUCCUUGAUGCACUGUCGGAAGAUCUAAGCCGCAUCGUUGGCAGCAAGCCAUCCACUGUCAUCCCUGAUUCCACUGAUGAGAUGAUCCACGAUCGCAAGGCUCUUGAGGAUUUCGGAAAGAAGUGUUGGGACCUCUACGAGGCCCGUAACGCCUCCAUUAUCACCGAUCUGUUUGCUGGAAUGUACAAGUCAACACUGAUUUGCCACAAUUGUGAAAAGACUAGCAUCAUCAUGGACCCUUUCACAAUGGUGACUGUGCCCAUUCCAACGGGCCCGACACUCAUCAGUCGAACGAUUAUCUUUUACCCUCUUGAUGGCCCACCCGUGUCUCUGAAAGUCCGACUCGAUGAAAACGAUACUUUGAAAGUCUGGAAGGAUUUUGUCGCCCAAAAGAUGGGAAUUGAUGGGGAACGAAUCCUUGUAGCAGAGACAUUGCACCAUUCCUUCUGGCAAAUGUUUUGUGAAGAUGACGAUACUUUCGGCAGUCUACGCAUUUCCCAGGAAGACACCAUUGUGUUCUUUGAUCUUGGUCCUCUUCCUACAUCUACCAAUUCUUCUGACUCGCCCUCCAAUGGUGAUGCAGUCAUUGUACCCAUCUUCCACCGCAAGCUUGUUCCGCGCAAGAACAAAGAGGCCACUCGUGAACUUUUCGGAUUUCCAUCCUUCAUACGUCUUUCUAUUGAAGAAGCUCAAGAUCUUGAGGCGAUUUACCGCAAGCUCCUGGGCCAGGCCAAUAACAUGACUACACGCGACAUUCUGGCUGCCGAGGAAAACAAUGACGACCAUACAACUGAUGACUCUGACACUGUGGUCACAAACGAGGAUGAUGCACGAUCAGCAGAUUCCCGAAUCAGAACAUCUUCUAUCGACGGCGAAGACAGCAUCGUUGACAUUUCCAUGCAGACAGAGCAAGUGCCCAAGUCCGUAGAGGGCUCUGAUGAGUCGGAUUCUGAAUCUGAAUCUGUCAAGCCUCCUCAGCAUCCUCUCGCUGGAAAGAUUGCUGCCAGUUUGUUGUCACUUUUUGAUGCAAAAGUCAUGAGCACAAAUGCCACUCUGCCUGAUGGACGCAAUAUUAACCCACUCAAAAAGUUCCCUCUCCUUUCCUCUCGCAUCCCAUCUCCUCCCACUUCUACUAAGGGAUCCGAUGCUUCAUCCCAAAGCUCCGCAGAUGACAACAUAGACGAUGACGUCGAUGCAGAUGAAUCUGAUCUCUCAACAAACUCAGCACCAUCGCUCCUUCACCAAGGUGAUGCUAUUCUGCUUGACUGGACUCCUGAUGCCGUUGAUUCCCUUUUCGGCGGCAAGCCACGUGACCCCGAGGAGCUUCGUGGUCGUCCUACCUACCUGAGCAUCAAGAAUGUAUUUGAUCACUCCAUGGUGGUAAGCCAGAAAAAGCCGAAGCAAUCGAAUGUCUCUCUCGACCAAUGUCUGGACGAGUUCAGCAAAGAGGAAAUUCUUUCUCGGGCAGAUAGCUGGUUCUGUCCACAGUGCAAGACACACGUUUCCGCCACCAAGAAGUUUGAGCUGUGGAGAACCCCGGAUAUUAUGGUAGUUCAACUCAAGCGGUUUAGCCAAUUCCGCGGCAGACACGGACACAAGAUCAGCACUGUCAUCGACUUCCCCUUCGAGGGACUGGAUUUGAGCAGCCGAGUUGAAGGCCCCACGGAUGGGAAGAGUACGGUGUACGAUUUGAUUGCUGUCGACAACCACGUGGGUGGAAUGGGUGGCGGUCACUACACUGCCUACAUCAAGGACUUUGUAUCCGGUGCCUGGGUGUAUUGCAACGAUACCUCUGCUAAGACUGUUACCAAUAUGCAGUCCAUCAUCACGGCGGGUGCCUACCUCCUGUUCUACCGCCGUCGCUCUGACCAUGCAUUGGGCAACCAGGAGCUGCGGGAGCUGGUUGAAGGUUACCGGAACGACUCGGAGAGUGUUUCUGGCAGUUCCUCCGGCUCCCGCAGCCCUGGUGGCUCCCAAUCACCUUCGGAGGACGGUGGUCGUGUCCUUGGCGGCGCACCCCGCAAGGGGUCGUCUGCCUUGGGCGGGGUGGGGGUGGCACCCCGAGUGAGCCGGGGGCAAGACUCCCUUGGCAAUGACCUGUACUCUUCUGCCGAAGAGAGUACUUCGGGCUCGGAAGACGGGGGCAGCGAAGGUAAGAAAUUCGGCCUCGAGCACGAAAACGGGGGAUCGCAGGUCGACUCCUUCAGCAAGCUCACGGAACCCUCUUGGUCGUUCGACGCCGCUCACGACAUCUCACAGAUUUCCAGUGGUAAUGCUGCCACCGAAGAUGGCGUCUUCGAGGGUCGAUGUCCAUGGGGUGAUGGCAUGGACAUCGACCCUCCGUUUCAGUUUGGUCUCACUUCUGGGGGUGAGGGGGAUGAUUCCUCCGAUGAUCUCCCAGUCGUGGAGCUGCGUGUGGGGUCCGAGGACAUGAUGUCCUCGGGCACAUGA